AUGGAUACUGCAUUUGAGAGCGAACAGGAUAAGAGAGUGAAGCAAUUUAUAGAUGCCAAUAGUAGUAACAGAGACAAGAUGUUGACUUAUUAUAUGCAACAGAUGAAGAAGAAUGACUUGAUGGACAAAAUGAGCAAGAAGAAGUAUUUUAAUCAGAUUAGCGAGAAUAAAUAAGAAGAUUGAAGUUUAUAAUGGGAUUUUGUUGAAGCAUGAGGAAGUAAUCAAGGAUGUUAUCAGGCAAGAACCAUUUGAAAUCAGAUUAAGCUCUAUUCACAGAGAGCUCAGCUCAAAAAUUGAUGGAAAUUUUACAAUUUUGAAAUAAAUGCAUCCACGAAUCGAUAGAUGGGGCAAGGAUAAAUAACUCCAGUUCUAACAAAAGUUUUGCCACUCAAUUUGAGCAAAUUAAUUCUUCGUUGGGCACAUUUCGGCAAAAAGCGUCGAUCCAGGAGGCAGAAAUAAAUACAUUUAGAGAGAAACUUGACAGAGUUGACAAAAGUAAACCUUGAGGUAAAUUCUUCCUGCGAGGAAUAGACCACAAUAGAAAAAUUGCAUGAAAAGGCUGAAAAUGAUGCAAUUAACCAUCUUUUUGAACGCAUUCAGUACUUAGAGCAACAUUUGGGCCAAGGCACUGAGAGCUACACCGAGGAUGAUAUGGUAGAGGACCUUGAGGAGCAUGGGAGCAGCCGAAAUGACAAAAACUCAGAUUCCUCCAAUGAGGAUUCAAAGGAAGUCUCUUUUAAGGAGAUUAACUCAUGUAUGGGUAUCCCAAAGCCCGGCCAAGAGAAGAAGGCUCCUUCUGGAGAUCAGUCCCGAGUAACUUAUUAUUCGAAGAAAGAAGUCGGGCUGAUAAAAGUUGAUACAUCGAAUUUUAAUGUUUUCAAGAAACAUGAGACUCAAAGCCCUCUAGUAAAGCUUAGGGAUAGUAGUAAUAAGAGCCUUCUGGUUGAUAGAGUUGGAUCUUUUAGAUAUGCUAAUACUCCUUAAAAAUGCUCUUUUUAAGUCACAAUUUCAGAAAAGUCAUUAUGUUGAGAAUGAAGGGAGUUUUAAGACUCCAAGGGAUAUUCCAAGACCUCUCGGUAAGAUCAAAGCUCCCUCAAGAUCUACAAAGAGAAGUCAGUUUAAUAGGACAACCCAGAAACUUAGCAGAGCUUUUGCUCUAAUAGAUGAAAAUGCAGUGGCUAUUUCUGAAUGUGUAGCAGAUAUUAACCAAAUUCAGGAGAAGAUUUCAAGCAUCGAGAGGCAGAUUGAUAAUUUAGGUAAAAAUAAUUGUACUUCCAAAAAAUGUUUGCCAAUUUACGAAAAGGGUUUUUUCAGUGCUUUAAAAGCUCAAAUUCCUACUAAACCCCUCUAAACUUCCUUACCUCAACUUGGGAUUGUGUGGAGAAACAAGGAGUGACUUUCUAUGGCUCUUG